AUGUCGACCCCAUCCAAGAGCAACAACAUCAACAAUUUACGCCUAGUACAACUGGAAAAGGCUGCAAGAAAACUGACGCUGUACUCGCGGGCACUUCAUCAACAGCUUGCAUGGCUUCGUGAGGAGAUGGUGAACGAAAAGCAGGCCGUCCUGACGUCUGAGGACGACGUGAGUGAGUCAUCAGCGCGACUUCAGGAGAUUGAAGAGCUCAUGGCGCAGCUCCAAGAAGAGAUUGAUGCGCUCCGUAUGACGUCACCCUUGCAAGAUAAUGGCAGCCUAGCUGCACGCGAGCAAGAGAUGGAGGAGCUCGCGGAGGAGCGUCAUGAGGAGCUCGAGUUGCUCGCUCAUAUCCAGACAAUGCUACAGAUGCAUCAAAACACGCACAGGAAGAUCAAGCAGAUGAUUGCGACGCUUAUGAAGGAGAUUCAUUGCGUACGUGAACGCGAAAAGAUUGUGGUGCUAGCGGCACUACGUAGUCGCAUGUUCAAGAUCAUUGCUCCGAAAAUCUAG